GUUAAAUACCAAAUAUGCAACAAAAUCUUUCAUUUCUUCUUUUACCACACUCUUUUGCGAACAACUUCAAUUUCAAUUUUUUCUUUUAUCUCAAAUUCAAUUAAGAAGAUCAUCAAGAGGAUAACAGAAAGUUUCAAAAGAUUUGAAGAAGAAAAGAAGGGAAUGGAAAAGCUACAAAGAUUGGUUCCUGGGUAUCGUUCAGUAGGGUUCAUGCUUGUAAUGGGAGUAACCAUGGGAGUUGUUUACUUUUGUUUAGAUCAUAACAAUGUAAUAGGGUUUAAUCUUAUCGGAGAAGCGAAUAUAGCGGAGGAUUAUUCGUUUGAAGGUUGUGAUUUGUUCAACGGGAGUUGGGUUUAUGAUAACAAAUCGAGACCUUUGUACAAUGAGAAAGAGUGUUCUUUCAUGGCGGAUGAUUAUGCUUGUCAUAAAUUUGGAAGAAAAGAUUUCGAGUAUCAGUUCUGGAGAUGGCAGCCCCAUGGCUGUGACCUUCCCAGAUUCAAUGGAACAGCACUAUUGGAGAAGCUAAGAGACAAGAGGGUUGUUUUUGUUGGAGAUUCAGUAGGGAAGAACCAUUGGGUGUCGCUCCUUUGUCUUAUUGACUCAUGGAUCCCUGAUCCAUCUCAUAAGGUUGCAGAAUGGCAUGGCUCAUUGAUUACGUUUAGAGCAUCUGAAUUCAAUGCCUCCAUUGAUUUUUAUUGGGAACCAUUGUUGGUGGAAUCAAACUGCGAUGAUCCUGUUCAUCAUCGUGUACAUGAUCGGAUCAUGAAGAUUGAGAGCAUCGAAAAACAUGCCAAACAAUGGAUUGAUGCUGACAUGCUAGUUUUUGACUCGUAUACGUGGUGGCUUGUGCCUAAUAUGACACUCUUGUGGGGAUCAUUUGAAAAUCCUAAUAGAACUUUAAUAGAAUCCGGAAGGGUAAGGCGUUACGAGAUGGCUUUAAAAACAUGGUCGAAUUGGUUGGAAACUCACCUUAACCGCACCAAGACUAGAAUGUUCUUCACAAGCCUCUCACCCGAUCACAAAGAGUAUGGAGAUCCGAUGGGUGAAACAUGCUAUAAUAAAACGGAGCCGAUAAUGGAACAAGGGUAUUGGUCAAAGGGAACAGAUAAUGAUUUGAUGAGAACGGCACAAUCAGUAGUACAAGAUCUUGAAAAGAAAGGGUUAAAGAUUGAGCUUUUGAAUAUAACACAACUUUCACAGUAUCGGAAUGACGGACACCCUACUAUUUACAAAAGGCAUUGGGUACCACCAACGGAAUCAGAAUUGGCGAAUCCUAUCGCUAAUUCCGAUUGUAUACAUUGGUGUCUUCCGGGAGUUCCUGAUGUUUGGAAUGAGAUCCUUUAUACGUACAUACGCUGUAAAGUGUGAAAUUUGGUUGUAUGUUGAAAAACUUUACAUAUACAAGCCUAAAAUACAAACCAUAAAAUGUCAUAUAUUGGGUCUUAUUAUCAAGAGUGAUUUUGGGUAGGUGAUUAUUGAGAGCAUGGUAUGUACACAAUUUUAAAAUAAUUAAAAUUCAAAGGUACCCCACCCCCAAAGUCUUUUUUGGUGAUUUUGUUACACCAACCCUUUUGUUGUUUAGUGCUGUGAAAUAUUACAAAGUCAUGUCUCGUGGGUUAAUUUGAAAAACAUAUACCA